CCCAAUACAUGUAAAUUAAUUGGUUUACGUGAAAGAUAAAGCGUUUAUAAAUGGCGGGAAAGAUACUGGGAGUUUUAGUUUUUUUUUAUACUAAUAAUGGCGGCGAUCAGUGACUUAUGGUGGCGAUCAGCAACUUAUGGCGGAGAUCAGUGACUUAUGGUGGCGAUCAGUGACUUAUGGCGGCGAUCAGUAACAUGGCGGCGAUCAGCGACUUAUGGCGGCGAUCAGCAACUUAUGGCGGAGAUCAGCGACUUAUGGCGGCGAUCAGCAACUUAUGGCGGAGAUCAGCGACUUAUGGCGGCGAUCAGCAACUUAUGGCGGAGAUCAGCGACUUAUGGUGGCGAUCAGUGACUUAUGGCGGUGAUCAGUGACAUGGC